AGGCGCUUGUGGAAAGUGGCACUGGCUUGGGCGCGUGAUUGUACCCAUCUCUUCCGACCCGAGAGGGAGAGGUAGCGCGGCCCAAUUCAAGCUUACUUGCUACCACCAUCUUCUGUGCUCGAAGUUCGUACUGACCAUCGCAGCCUGUGGGAGCAGGAAAUAACGAGUGCAAUCAUCCGACAGACGUAGCGGUACGCUGAUCCCACAGAACACACAUCGGCUACCCCACCUCGGGCUUAGGAGUCACACUAUGGCUGCACCUCGCAGACCUACCGUAGAAGAAGAGGAUCUAGACGAUUUGGAUGAUGUCCUGGAACAGUUCAGCGCGCCACCACCAAAGCCCGCAGCCAAACCCGCCCCCGCCCCCGCAUCCACCUCCUCAUCACAAACGCCAAUCGCCACGGAUGCGCAGCCCAGCGCCCCAAAAGCCGUCGAUCCAUUCGGGCUCGGGGGCCUAGACGCGGACUUCGCGGCGGAGCUCACGCGGGGCAUGGAGUCCCUGUUCAAGGACAUAGCGGGCGGCGCGGGGCUGGACGGCAUCCCGGACCUGUCGGAGGCGGAGGACGGCACGACGGACGAGGAGCGCGCGAAGGCGUUCAAGGCGGCGUGGGAGGCGAUGCUCGUGGAGGGCAUGGAUGGCGCGAUGUCGGCGGAGGACGUCGGGUUGGACAAGGGGAAGGCCGCGGAGGGCGCUGCGCCGGGUGUGGGUGCGCCGACGGACUCGUUCCAGGAGAAUAUCCGGAAAGCUAUGGAGCGGAUGAAGGAGAGCGAUCGGAAGGCGGAUGAAGCCACCUCGAGUGGGGACGGCCUGGACGACAUCUUCAGUAAACUCGGGGACGGGGUCAACGGCAUGGAGUCGGAAGAGGAGCUCCAGGGCCUUCUGGAGAACAUGAUGUCCCAGCUCAUGAGCAAGGCGGUCCUAUAUGAGCCGCUGAAGGAGCUGAGCGACAAGUUCCCCUCAUACCUGAAGGAUAAUGCAGCGACGCUCAGCGACGAAGACAAGACACGCUUCGCCGCACAGUCCAAGGUGGUCGCCCAGAUCGUGGCAACGUUCGAGGACCCGAGCUAUACAGAAGACGACCCGGUAAAGGGACUGAAGAUCGUGGAGCUCAUGCAAGAGAUGCAAGAGCACGGCUCGCCUCCCGCCGAGAUAAUGGGGCCUCUUCCCCCGGGGUUCGACCUCGGGGCGGAUGGGCUACCGAAGGUACCAGAGGGGUGUACUAUUGCGUGAACCGAGGCGUCGCGGCGAUACCCGAGCAACUACGAACCGGCAGACAUCGUGUAUGAUUGGUGUAGGAACAACAGUACAGCGAACAUGGCUAAUGCUUCC